AUGGGCUUCUUCUGCGAGCUGUGCCGCAAGACGUGCCACGGUUGUUCGUUGCGGGUGAAGCCGGGACUCGACGACAUUGAUCGCAUCCUUCGCGAACUGGCGGCAAAUGGUCUAUCGCUGCCCUUUGGCUACGAUAUGCUGCGAGAAAAUCCGAGGAUUUGUGGAUGGCACGUGCCGGAAGAGUAUAAACUGAGAGGCCGAAAGAGGAGCUACGACCCGGGGAGUAUCGCCGUUGACCACGAGGAAGUGCUGGAGAAUGGGAAGGCAACACCACCAAAUUCCUCAGCCUCAUCUGUUCCAGUUUCAAAACCUAAAACACCCACUAGGCUUGCCAAUUCCAACCCAUCUACCUCCAUGGCUGCAUCACCCCAGGUCCCGCAAUGCUCCGACGAAGAGGACGCCGAGGCACUUUUCGACGAGACGUGCGAGGACAAGCAUGAAGCGGUGGAGAAGCAGGAUGAGAAAGAUGAAAAAGAGGAGAAAGACGAGGCCAAGAAAGAUGUUGCCGAAACCAGCAAGGCCUACGGCUCGGACGAGGAGGACGCGGAGGCCUUGUUCGACGACUCUGAAUAUCAAAAUCCGGAAACCGAUGCGAAAUCCGAGGUCAAAACGAAUUCGAAGAACACUUCUAUCGUCGACGGGCAAGUGAAAAAGAACGAAAAUGGGGACGUGAAGGCGCAAGAUGUGGUGCCCACGCCGGUUAGGCCGGCGAAACCAAAGAAGGUCUAUCAUCCGAAGAAGCCGGCCAACGAACAGAAAGAGGGAAUACCGCUUGAGACGAUGGUUUGUCAGCUAUGCGGCAAGCGGCUGAGCCAUAAACGAACCGGGCACGAUAUUGUCUACGCACUCAUCCAGCACUCCGUCAGCCACAUCGACAUCAAGCCAUUUCAGUGCUCCGAGUGUGACUUCACGGCUCAUCGCUCCGUCUCGAUACCGUUGCACCGACGGGCGCAGCACAAUGGCGUCGGCUCGGUGAUUGACAAUCGCACGAACGUCUACUUUGCCAAGCUGAAGCUGCAGGCAAUGAGGAAUUUCCCGCUGCAAAUGCACGAGGUCGAGAAGUAUAUGGACGCCCAGAUGGCGCGGUUCAACGACGGGCUGUCGAUUCAUUUGGACGAGGAGCGCGAGGUGGAGAAGAAUCAAUGUCAGCUAUGCGGCAAGAAGAUAACGCUCCAGAAGGACCCGUGCAUCAACACCAUUUGCAUCAUGCAGCACUCGAUGACGCAUAUCGACCAUCGGCCCUUCAGAUGUCCUCAGUGUAAUGUCGACAAUCGGGCAAAGGACGAGAUUCGGAAGCAUCAGGUCCGCAUGCACGGCCACGCCGAGGAGGUCAUUGACGGGAGGACUGAAGAGUACUUCACCGACCUGAUCAACAUGGCGCGCACAAACUUCCCGCUGCAGGUCGACGAGCUGGAGACGCGCAUCGAGUUCGUGAAGAGCAAGCUGCGCGAGUUCGGCCCGAUCAAGGCCAAGGCGGACCGGCCGUACAAGGCUUCGGACAAGACGCUCGCGGACAAAACGGCUCAAAAGACUGAGGACUCUGCCUCACCCGUGAAACGCCGCCGCUCCCAGCGCCCACGCAACGACAAUGCACUACAAGCGUUCUACAGAGAGUUUGGCCUCGGAGACAUUUCCCCGAAACCGUCAACGAGUCGAGGACGGGGGAGGAAGCAGCACAGAGAAGAAGAGCGGGACCAAGAGAAACCUGUCGAGCAACCCGAAGACGUUCAGGAGAAGUCGGCUGAACCUGCCGAACCUGCCGCCUCGCCGCAGGCCCCUUCCCCCAAAAAGGGCCGGCUGACCGAGAUUUUUGGUGACCUUGUCGCUGCUGCCGGCUCGUCGAACGAUGGUGACGGCGCCCCGCCGGAAUUUGAGUCCACGGUUGAUGACGAGCCGGCCCGGAUCGAUGCGCUGAUGGCACUUUUUGGCCACCCGCCAACC